AUGAGAUAUACAAUUUAUACAGUCAAAAAAAGGGGUUACCCUAGUUUUACAAAUUUGUUUACCAAGUUAUUGGUAAUACAAUUCAUUAUCUCGUGCAAUUUCAUUAAUAAGAAUAUAACAGGAGCAUUCGCGUUAUCGACAAUUGAUAAACAGGACCUUAAAAACGUUGCAAAGAAUAUUGAAUUAGGCGCUAAAAAGACUGCGAAUGGACUUGGAAUGGCAAAAGAUGUGUUAUCUAACAUGUACGAAUUCUCAAAAAAUAUGAAUGACACAAUUAAUAAUUAUCAUCGUAAUAAAUUUAAUAUUGAAAAUGAAGUCGAAAAUAAGUAUGCUGGAAAGGUAGAAAAAAAAGAAGAAGAAAAGGAAAAAGAAGAAAACACUACAGAUGCUAUUAAAAGGAAAAUAUCAAGUGUUAAUAAGAUGAUUAAGGACAAAGUUUUGCGAGAUGAUAGUGAUACCGAUACGGAAACGGAAACGGAAACGGAAACGGAAACCGAAGGCGAAGCUAAAAAUGAUAUGGAAAAUGUUAACAAAAAUUAUGACCAAGAAAAUCAGCCUAGAAAAGGCCCAAAACCGUCAGUUGUGAGAAAAGAUCCGUUGGCUAAGGAUUGGGAAAAAAUUAAAGCCAAAGUACUGAGAAGAAAAUUGUAUAAAUAUUAUACAUUUGGUAAUGAAAAUGUAAGAGAAGAAAAUUAUAACCAAUUAGAACAUUCAAUAGGUUUUGAGAAGUUUCUCAGACCUUUUAUCGCCAGUUUAAGCCCAGAAUUUAAAUCCUUACUCAGAGGACAACCAGUUAAUUAUUUUAAAACCUAUGUAACAAUUUCUCAAAAAUUAUUUUCACUUACGAAUCCAAUUCUCAAAAGUGUAACAAACUUUGACGGAUCAACUACUGCAUCCGAAGUGAUUUCAUUUGAUCAUGAAUUACAUACACCAGUUAAACCUUCAUAUUUGCAACUGUUUCAAACACCCAAUAUCACAGUUAGUCCUCAAUCAGCAGUGUUGAAUGGUAGAGAUCUAACAGAAAAGGAAAUAACCGAGUUGAAAAGUGAAUAUGAAAAAACAAAAGUACGUUUAAAAAGUUGGGAAGUAGAUGCCAAUAUAAGACAAACCACCCUUCUUAAAACACUUUAUUUAUUAGUUUCAGAUGUAACUACUAGGGACACAGUUACCAGACUUGAAAAUUUAGCCAAGGCACUAGGUUAUAAUAUAGUUAAAAAAGGCAAAGAUAGUAAUCCAGUAUCGGGAGCUCCAGUUGCUAAUAAUUUAGGAGCUGACAUGUUUUGGGUCUCUGGUAAUAAUCCAUUUAUUCUUGGGCAUUUAGCAACAAUGAUGUUAGGAUAUACUGAGUACGAGUCUUUCUUCUCAGAUUACCCUAAAAGAAGAUUUUACUCAUGGUUGGAAUUGGUUAGAUCAGGACCCGGAGGAUCAAUUAACAGAUUGGAUUAUAUGUGUGGAGUAAGAAGAGGUUCAAGAUAUGCUCGUGGUUCUAAUGGGCUUGUAUAUAAAAAAAUAUCAACAGCCAAACGUUAUGAACAUAAUGUUUCAUCUGAUGGCGUAUUCUUAUGUGAGAUGUUGGAGGUAUUACUACGAUCCAUUAAUUUAACAAUGGAUUCUAUGGGAGAUUUGCUAAAUCAAAAGGGAGGAAAUUAUGAGCCUAAUGUCGGUUCAAUAAUUAAUGGUAAAAGAAUGCAAGCAAAAUUGUGUUCUAAUCCUGGAGAUGGAACAAUAGCCGUUAGAUGUGAUUUUGAACACAGUAGACUACUGGGAGAAGAAACAUAUGUAGGAGUACCAGAAACCGAAGUAACAGAAUUAAGGAGAAGAUUAUCGGAAGCUUUUGAUGUUUUUCUUAUGAUGAGUUUGUUACACUUUACACAGUUUUAA